UAGAGAAAUGAUUACAAAUACUCAAGAUGUAUGAUAACUAUGACAGCUCAAUGAAUAACAAUAGACUACUUCAUUCUUUUAAAGCAGUAAAAGUGAACAAAGUCAUAAACUACUGUUUGUUUCUAACUUGUUUCUUUCAAAUGUAUUUCAGCAAAUCCUCCACCUGCUUAUAAAUAUGUCCUUUCUGUUGAGAUGAACAUCACAGAGUUGACAACAGUCAACAUGUUGAGGAGCAUUCUGAGAAACAUCUCCUACCCACUCAGUAUCAAGAGAAACACACAGAUCAAUCAGUCCAAUAUCACUACAGUUUGCACUCCAAUCAAUAAUGGUCACCAGUGCAUUUGUGAGGACCAGUAUCGGUGGUCAUGUGACCAGUGUCUGAUGUAUGGAGCAUGUGACCAGAUCUUUGCAGGCUCAUGUGGAUGCAUCAACACCAUUCCUUCAGACAGAAACUUCUGCCAGUCUUUGGAUCAACACAAUUUCACUGAUUGUCUUCCUACAACACAUUUACCACCUACAACCCAUUUAUCACCUACAACAUAUUUACCACCUACUACACCAAAUCCUCCACCUGCUUAUAAAUAUGUCCUUUCUGUUGAGAUGAACAUCACAGAGUUGACAACAGUCAACAUGUUGAGGAGCAUUUUGAGAAACAUCUCCUACCCUCUCAGUAUCAAGAGAAACACACAGAUCAAUCAGUCCAAUAUCACUACAGUUUGCACUCCAAUCAAUAAUGGUCACCAGUGCAUUUGUGAGGACCAGUUUCGGUGGUCAUGUGACCAGUGUCUGAUGUAUGGAGCAUGUGACCAGAUCUCUGCAGGCUCAUGUGGAUGCAUCAACGCCAUUCCUUCUGACAGAAACUUCUGCCAGUCUCUGGAUCAACACAAUUUCACUCAUUGUCUUCCUACAACACAUUUACCACCUACAACACAUUUAUCACCUACAACAUAUUUACCACCUACUACACCAAAUCCUCCACCUGCUUAUAAAUAUGUCCUUUCUGUUGAGAUGAACAUCACAGAUUUGACAACAGUCAACAUGUUGAGGAGCAUUCUGAGAAACAUCUCCUACCCUCUCAGUAUCAAGAGAAACACACAGAUCAAUCAGUCCAAUAUCACUACAGUUUGCACUCCAAUCAAUAAUGGUCACCAGUGCAUUUGUGAGGACCAGUAUCGGUGGUCAUGUGACCAGUGUCUGAUGUAUGGAGCAUGUGACCAGAUCUUUGCAGGCUCAUGUGGAUGCAUCAACACCAUUCCUUCAGACAGAAACUUCUGCCAGUCUUUGGAUCAACACAAUUUCACUGAUUGUCUUCCUACAACACAUUUACCACCUACAACACAUUUAUCCCCUACAACAUAUUUACCACCUACUACACCAAAUCCUCCACCUGCUUAUAAAUAUGUCCUUUCUGUUGAGAUGAACAUCACAGAUUUGACAACAGUCAACAUGUUGAGGAGCAUUUUGAGAAACAUCUCCUACCCUCUCAGUAUCAAGAGAAACACACAGAUCAAUCAGUCCAAUAUCACUACAGUUUGCACUCCAAUCAAUAAUGGUCACCAGUGCAUUUGUGAGGACCAGUUUCGGUGGUCAUGUGACCAGUGUCUGAUGUAUGGAGCAUGUGACCAGAUCUCUGCAGGCUCAUGUGGAUGCAUCAACGCCAUUCCUUCUGACAGAAACUUCUGCCAGUCUCUGGAUCAACACAAUUUCACUCAUUGUCUUCCUACAACACAUUUACCACCUACAACACAUUUAUCACCUACAACAUAUUUACCACCUACUACACCAAAUCCUCCACCUGCUUAUAAAUAUGUCCUUUCUGUUGAGAUGAACAUCACAGAUUUGACAACAGUCAACAUGUUGAGGAGCAUUCUGAGAAACAUCUCCUACCCACUCAGUAUCAAGAGAAACACACAGAUCAAUCAGUCCAAUAUCACUACAGUUUGCACUCCAAUCAAUAAUGGUCACCAGUGCAUUUGUGAGGACCAGUAUCGGUGGUCAUGUGACCAGUGUCUGAUGUAUGGAGCAUGUGACCAGAUCUCUGCAGGCUCAUGUGGAUGCAUCAACACCAUUCCUUAUGACAGAAACUUCUGCCAGUCUCUGUAUCAACACAGUAAGAAGUUUGAAACAGUUCUAUCUUUCUGUGGACAAACACAGAGUCAAAACAAGACAAACUUUAUUCCUGUUCCUAUUGUUUUUUCAGAUUUCACUGAUUGUCUUCCUACAACACAUUUACCACCUACAACCCAUUUAUCACCUACAACAUAUUUACCACCUACUACACCAAAUCCUCCACCUGCUUAUAAAUAUGUCCUUUCUGUUGAGAUGAACAUCACAGAGUUGACAACAGUCAACAUGUUGAGGAGCAUUCUGAGAAACAUCUCCUACCCAUUCAGUAUCAAGAGAAACACACAGAUCAAUCAGUCCAAUAUCACUACAGUUUGCACUCCAAUCAAUAAUGGUCACCAGUGCAUUUGUGAGGACCAGUAUCGGUGGUCAUGUGACCAGUGUCUGAUGUAUGGAGCAUGUGACCAGAUCUCUGCAGGCUCAUGUGGAUGCAUCAACGCCAUUCCUUCUGACAGAAACUUCUGCCAGUCUCUGUAUCAACACAGUAAGAAGUUUGAAACAGUUCUAUCUUUCUGUGGACAAACACAGAGUCAAAACAAGACAAACUUUAUUCCUGUUCCUAUUGUUUUUUCAGAUUUCACUGAUUGUCUUCCUACAACACAUGUACCACCUACUACACGUAAGUUUGGCAUCAAUGGGUAA